AUGGACGAUGAUGAUGAUGAUGUUGAUGAUGAUGAUGAUGGGAAUGUACUCUACAUUAAACGACAAAGCCAUCGGAGCAAUCAUGCUGGUUAUCUCCCUUACCAUUCUCGGCCUGUGUCUGGUCGCCAUUGUCAAACUGCUGCACUACCUUCUCCAAGGCCCAUCGCUCUCAUCAUCAAAAAAUUCAUCAACGCGGACUUUCCCGGACCGCUGGGCUACCUCACCGGAUACCUCGCCAUCAUCAUCGGCGCCGGGUUGACCAUCAUCGUCCAGAGCUCCUCCAUCUUCACCUCCAACCUCACCCCGCUCAUCGGCAUCAGGGUCAUCGAACUCGACCGGAUGUACCCUUUGACCCUGGGGUCAAACAUCGGCACCACGACCACGGCGAUUCUCUCAGCCUUAGCCAACACGGACGGCCUCAGAAACGCGUUACAAGCAGCCUUCUGCCACCUCUUCUUCAACAUCACCGGCAUCCUCCUGUUCUACCCCAUCCCCUACCUCCGCUUCCCCAUCCCGCUUGCCAAAUUUCUAGGCAACUGCACGGCCGAGUACCGCUGGUUCGCCAUCGUCUACAUCCUCCUCAUGUUCUUCCUCUUCCCCGCCCUAGUCUUCGCUCUCUCCAUCCCGGGCUGGUACGUCCUCCUCGGCGUCCUCGGGCCCGUCUGCCUUUUCUUCAUCAUCAUCGGUGUCAUCAAAUGCCUGCAGGCUAAACGUCCCCAGAGCCUGCCCAGAAAGCUCCAAAACUGGAUGUUCCUACCCCAGCCGCUACCGUCUCUAGAACACUAUGAUCGCACAAUGCAGAAAGUCUUCUUCUUCAAGCGGUUCCAGACAGACUCUACCGAGAAGACAGACACUGGUGCCACGUCAGACAGACAAGCUAACGGAGAGUCCAGCACGCGACUUUAG